UCUCCCGGAGUCGGAGUGAGAUCGUUAAAAGAGGCCUCUUGGGAUCGGAGGAAAUUAGGGUUUCGAUCUGUCCGACCGUGGUUGAGAUCGGGGAGCCGGGUGUAUGGAGAACGGCGAAAGGCGGCCGACUGCGGAGGAGGUGAUCGCGAGGCUGAAGGAUGACGGUGACUUCGACUCCCUCCGUCUCAAGAUCAUCCGCAAAGUUAAAGAAAAUGAGGAACUGCGUAGCAGCAUUGUAUCCGAGGUGAGACAAUCAAUGGUACUUAAUGAAGAUGGUUCUGAGAAAUUGAAGCUAAGACAACUUUCUGAUGCUAUUUAUCAAGAGCUUGGAAGCAAAAUCAUGGGACAAAUUUCAGAUGAGGUGUGGAAGGUUAUCAAAUCAUGUGAAAAUGAUAUUAGAGGUACUGUGGAGUCUGUAUAUGAUAGAAUUGUUAAACCAGAAGUGAAUAAACAAGACAGCGUUUCUCCUCAAAAAAGACUACCUGUUGGUGACGAAAAGGAUCAAGCUUCUCUCGUAGCACCUUCUACAUGUGAGACGAAUGUGUCUGAUGGAAAUGAACAAAUGGAAGUACCGCCAGGGUUUUGUUCAACUGAUCAGCCAAGCAGCAAAGUUGAACACACCAUGAUGCUUCAUGAUGAGCAACCACACUCAUCAAAUGAAGCGCUCAAUGACCCAGAACAGAUUGAUGCUGUGCCACCCGGUUUUGGUCCACCGGUUAAUUCUUCCAUCAUUCCAGUUGGUGUCAGCGAUGAGGACCCUGAUGUGCCUCCAGGUUUUGGGUAAAGUUACCUUAGUUUAAUGUUGAUUUUGAUGGUUGCUUAGGAGAAAAUAGGUGGCUUACCUUGUUUUGCUCAGUGUUCAUUUUUUUAACAAACUCUGUUUUUGAAUGCCAGUCUCACACAACAACUUAUUUUAUGUACAUAAAUUUCCAGUGCUUGGAUGAAUUAGUGUCCAGGUGAGAAUCUGCAGUGUUGCUCUUUGAUUUGUUAUAAUGUAUUGAAAAAUUGAGUGCUCAUCUAGUAAUUCCAAAUUGAACAUUUAUGACCAA